CAAAGUGUCAAAGCCAUUGCAACUCGGGCAUGGCCAACGAAUCAACCGUCCUCUCCCCUAUUUCCCAAGGCCAUUGCGUUCGAGUUGGUCAAUUACCGUGCCCCCAGCUUCCCGGUCCACUUACCGAAGCGGUAGGAACCGGCCGAGGAUGGGGUUCUUGAAACGGUUAGGCUAGCGGCAUAAGAAAUAGGAGUAAAAUACGGGGCAACGAUGGAUACGGAUAGGGUUGGGGCAGGCAAGGGCAAGGUUGGGAUUUGGAUAGGGAUUUGGACUGGGGACGGGAAUGUACCCAGCUACCUACGUAUACAUGAGCAAGCCAGAACAGACGGAAGCCGAGUACCUUUGAUGUUGCCAGCCGGCAAAAAGGACAUUGCAGUAUUCCCAAGAUCCGAUGGCUGUCGGGACAUCCCCCUCGCACACGACAACGCCCACCCUAUCCCCAGAGCCCAAUCCCGGGGCGCCCUUCAACUCACACGAGGCGAUCAAGGGGGCAUGAGGGGCCGGGCCGCUGUUUGUGGCCGCUGUUGGUUCUUGUUGACGUUUACUCCAGGCCGAUUAGUGCCGAGUAUUCCCUCAGCCAUUCCCCCCCCCGUGCUAGAAAUAGCCCCAGGGAUCAGUCGCCAUUGGCUGAACCGUUCCCUCGGGACGCUCGCCUUUCCCCAUCGUCUUUGGUGGGAUCGGGGGCCGGGGCUGGAUUGGCUCGAAUCGGAUGGCAGCCCUGCUGUGCUGCUGCAUUUCCACGCACCGGCGACAGCUUGCCUGGGCGGACCAAACAAGUCUUUCGAAACGGGUCGGCCAGGGUCAGAGCCAGGAGGUGCAGUAGGCUCUUCUUCACUACCUGCACUACAUUAGGAGACAGGCUGCUUGCUGCCAAGGCCUUGGAGGG